GACUCUGACCCGGCCCCACCCACCUCUCAGCCAAGCUGCCACCUUCCCAGGGGUCCAGGUCUCCACCGGCUCCAUGGCCCAGCUCCGGUCGCCCGCACAGGAAUUUCCGCUCCCAGCGCCCAGGCCCGGGGAGGGGCCGGGCUGGGCCCCGGGCGGAGCCGCCGCAUACCUGUGCCCACGUGGCCGGCCAGGCUGCCAGGGAGACCAGUGCCCCACACCAUGCGAUUUCGACGCCUGACGCCUGGCUAUUUUCGGGUGUUACAGAUGCAGGUAGCCGGGGAGCUGAAGGCAGAGCCCCGGAGUCCGCUGGGUGGGGUUGUGGCUACACUGCUGGCUGUCCUCGGUCUGGGCGGCUCCUGCUACGCUGUCUGGAAGAUGGUGGGGCAGCGGCAGCCACCACAGGCCUCAUGACGAAGUGGGAAGCCUCUCACC